GAAAGAGAACUGAGCCGACCGGCAUAUAAGCGGUGAACAUAAGAAUCUUCAUUUCCCCACACAUAAGUGAACCCGAAGCGUAGCCGCCGCACUGCAUCAUCCGGUGCCGGAAAAAUCUUCCAUAGGAAAAUCAAUGUCUCACAGUGCGGCAAGGUGUGCCAGGAGGUUUGUGAACCUCACGCGUGCUCUCUCCACGGAGGCGCGUGCGCAGAAGGUGGAGCGCAUUGCCAACGAGCUUCUCGAUCUCAACAGGUUUGAAAGGCAUGACUUCACCGUCCUCUGGCGGCUCAAGAUGGGUCUCCACCGCUAUGGCGCUCCGAUGGCCGCCGUUGUCACGCCAUCAAUGCCGGCUGCAAGGUCCCCUGGGGUGGAGGCCGGUGCUGCGGUGGCAGAGAAGACGGUGUUUGAUUUGAAGUUGGAGAAGUAUGAUGCUGCUGCCAAGAUCAAAAUCAUCAAGGAAGUGAGGUCCUUUACUGACUUGGGGUUGAAGGAAGCCAAGGACUUGGUGGAAAAGGUUCCUUGUGUUUUGAAGAAGGGGCUCACCAAGGAGGAGGCUAAUACCAUUAUGGAGAAACUCAAGGAGUUGGGUGCUGCUGUUGUGUUGGAGUAAUUCUGAAAUUCAGUUUUAGUGCUCUAGAUUUUUUAUGUUAGAUGUAGAAUCACUGAAGCCUGUUUAUGGUUAAUUAAUGAUAAAUUAUAAGUUAUAUGUUUUACCCUA